CCUUCCUUUAGCGCGUUCUCGACUCUCGGCAGCAGCAGGGCGGCUUGCAAACGCGCUCGCUCGCCGUACAAGACGUUUGUGUGUUGUUCCCUUGACGCCUGCCUGCCUGCCCGCCUGCCUGCCUGCUUGCCCGACCGCCUGCCAUCGCUGCGACAACGUGCCCAGCGUCGUGCAAUUCGCGAGAGGGAUACCGUUGGGCGCCUAAUUUGCAUACCGUAGCUCCCGGACUGAAAUAGAAUCCGCCGCCACACCAACCAUUCGGCCCACUUUCUCUCUCCCCCCUCUUCAGCGCUCCCUCCUUCUCUUAUUAGGAUCCUCCCCUUCCCCCUCCGCCUCUCCACCAGUUCUCGACAACCACCAGUAACGACGUGUGACGUGUCUUGAUUCCUGCUGCCCUCAUCCUCUCCCAUCCUUUCUCUGUGGAUUGACGUGGUCCGCGACAGAGUCGCCGCAGUCGUCGGCAAGACAAGCACCAUGAGGACGCCCCUCCUGCUUCUCUGGGUUGUGGUGGCGCUGGCCGUCAUCCUACCGCCCGGCCGCGCGCAGAGGAGCCGCGGACAGAGCCAGGCCCGGAGACCGAGCACCGAAGCCCCGGCCUACGAUGACUACUACUACGAUGAAGAUGGCGCCGAUGAAGAGGCAGCCUCCAAGAAGCCUGAGAAGUCUUCUUCGUCCCAAAGCUCGUCUCGUGGAUCGAGCGGAAGCAGCGGAAGCUCGCGCGGAAGCAAGCCAGAGCCUCCAUCCGAUGAAGACUACGAUGCACCGCCGCCGUCGCCCAAGUCAUCGUCUUCCUCAUCCACGGCUAAGCCUUCGUCGUCGUCCUUGUCUAAACACAAGUCCGGACCGAGUGCUGAUGCAAAGCCUUCGGCAGCCGCUCCAGCUUCUGAGCCUACCGACGAACCCGGAGCUGAGGAACCGCCUCAUAAGAAAGGACCGCUCUCGCCCUCGACACUGUUCCUCGCACCGCGCAAGAACAGGCUGCACCGCCCCAAUGUUCACUUCGCGGCCAGGCCUCGGCCAACACUCCCGAGCUUUAUCAAGCACCCACCUCCACUUGGCGCCAUAUCAACCACAGUGACGCCCAAACCGCGCUCAGCGGCGGUCGCUGUCACCGAGGAACCAAAAGUCACACGGUCUACGGCUAAGCCCAAGAUUUCUUCCGCGUCCUCCAAGCGGGGCGGUAAUGGCGGCUUCAGUGGCGGAGCUGCUGGAAGAAAACGCGACCGAAGCACGACGGAAUCACCCGCUUCAACCGACGGGGACAGGAGUAACAGGAGGUUCGGCGGUAACGCCAAGUCCAAGAACACGUCCAGGCCCAGGUUUCGCUCGGGAAGCUCCGCGUAGGCUGUGAAGAGUGAGAUUCCGUCCACUGCCUGAAGAGUUAGCAGACCGCUCUUCGUUUCUGCUCCAUGCCAGCUAGCCGACAGACGAAGGCCACACUCUUAUUUUUUUAGGGGAGAAAGGGGGGGGGGGAUCACAUCGACGGCUGCCGAGUCGACGUUUCUGUUCAUUUUUGCCCCUGUCGCAUGGUUUUUGACCGUCUGUGUGUGCCCGCUACGGGAGUGUUUAUGGGAAUGGCCCUAGUUCCAGGCUGGUGGGAUUGCUUGCGUGCGUCUUCGUGGUGACAAGGAUACGCGUUAGCCAAUAAAUGUGUUGCAGCUGUGUUCUUUUAAUCACGACAUUGACAUCAGCUUUCAUGGAUGUCGUGAUAUGAGUGUCGUCGUGCAUGUCUUCACGGAAUGGCCAUUCUGUGCAGCAUUGUGAAUUAUUUUAGAUCUGAGCAUGGAUUAGGUCAACUCAUUCAGCUCACUACAAAAAUCUACGUUCUACAUCUGUGUCAACAUGCCUGUACACGCACCUCGCUUCUCUUUUCUUAAGGAAUUCAUAUUACAAAAAAACAGAGGUCGUGCUACGUGAGGGCCUUUUGUCACGAAUAGCGUUUGCAUUUGUUGUGCCUUUUCUGCAUUUCAUUAAAAUUUAUGACAUUCACAGAA